GAUGGCAGAUGAAUUAUGCACAAAGAUAAAACCAAAACAAAAGCUUGAUACUUAAUGGUUCACCCAAGCGAUUUAGGAAAAGUACAAGAAGCGCCACUACUAGGUACAACAUGAACAUCCGCCCCAAAGACAUGACUGCGGUAUUUAGAAGACUGUUCAAAUCCUCGAAUAACAAAGAUGAGGGGCACAACAAGCCCAGCGGAUCUGCUCAAGGCUCACCGGCCAGGAGACUGUUAAGAGUCUACGGAUUCGUAAUGGAAGGUGGAGCUAUCUGUAUGGAGCUACUAACCCCAAGAGGAUGGGCUUCGGCUUACACCGUUGAAGCUGUCAUCAUGCAGUUCGCAGCCAGUGUGGUUAAAGGCCAAGGUAGGAUACAACGAAAGAGCAAAGGUCAAAAAGUUUUCAACCGACGAACGGCAGAAGAGAGUUUCAGGUCGCUGGUACGAACUCACGAUAAGUACGGCUGGGUAACACCCAGUUUAGCUGACGGUUAGAGUGGAUACUUUUGUUGGAAUCCACACAUUUUAUUUACUUACUUUAAGCAUAUGUUACAGAUUGAAUAAUGUAUCUAAAUCAUAACUAAAUUAUCCUGUUGGAUCCAGGCUAGUUAAUAUAAUUUAGUGCUGUAUACCUGUCCCAAAUUAUAAACUAUUUGAUGUUUUAGUCAGAUAUAAUAUAGUUUAUUUAUAAAUAUAUUGGGCCUAUGUACAAAAUGAAUAAGAUGCUCAGUUUUAAGUAGCUAUUGAUAGUUCUGAACAGACAGGAUUUUUUAAAACUUAACAUCUUAAGCAAAUUCAUUAUUAAUAUCAUCUGAUAUAAUUCGGUUUACAUAAAAGUAAACAUUACAAAAUUCAAGUUGCCAAAUUUCAUAAAAAUUCGCCCUCAUCCAUACUAUACCAUCUGGAAUCUUAGCUAACAGUGUUGAUAAACAUGGUUAGCUAAGUCUGUGGUUAAAGGUCAUCAUAACCAACAAAAGAAUAUGUGACAGUGACAGUUGUCUGCCAUCUUAAAAAUAAUGUUUUAUCUGUCGUUUCUGGAAUGUCGUCUGUCACAAUCAUAUAUUCUCUCAUUGGACAGACUAGGUCAAAGUUUACAGAUUAAAUUCUGUAAGUUUACAUAAUUAAAUCCUGUAAGUUUAGAUAAUUAAAUUCUGUAAGUUUACAUAAUUAUUCUGUAAGUUUACCUAAUUAAAUUCUGUAAGUUUACAUAAUUAAAUUCUGUAAGUUUACCUAAUUAAAUUAUUUAAGUUUACCUAAUUAAAUUCUGUAAGUUUACAUAAUUACAUUCUGUAGGUUUACCUAAUUAAAUUCUGUAAGUUUACGUAAUUAAAUUCUGUAAGUUUAGAUAAUUAAAUUAUGUAAGUUUACAUAAUUAUUCUGUAAGUUUACCUAAUUAAAUUCUGUAAGUUUACAUAAUUAAAUUCUGUAAGUUUACAUAAUUAAAUUCUGUAAGUUUACCAAAUUAAAUUCUGUAAGUUUACCUAAUUAAAUUAUGUAAGUUUACAUAAUUAAAUUAUGUAAGUUUACCUAAUUAAAUUAUUUAAGUUUACCUAAUUAAAUUCUGUAAGUUUACAGAUUAAAUUCUGUAAGUUUACCUAAUUAAAUUCUGUAAGUUUACCUAAUUAAAUUCUGUAAGUUUACAUAAUUAAAUUCUGUAGGUUUACCUAAUUAAAUUCUGUAAGUUUACAUAAUUAAAUUCUGUAAAUUUACAUAAUUAAAUUCUGUAAUUUUACCUAAUUAAAUUCUGUAAGUUUACAUAAUUAAAUUCUGUAAGUUUACAUAAUUAAAUUAUCUAUGUUUACCUAAUUAAAUUCUGUUAACGGGCACCUAAAGUUUACAGAAUUAAUCCUGUAAACUUUGACUAGAUACCUCUAUUACAGGUACUUGUAAAAACUCAAUUUCGUUUGAACUGUGUGCAAAAAAAAUGAUUUGUGGUGAGGAACCAAAUGUCCACUAUAAUAGAAAAAUUAGAACUGAAAAACUACCAAACUAUGACGAUAUAUAAAAUGAUAAUAUUAUGUUAAGCACAAAUUUACGUAGAAAUUGAAAUCAAUAAGGUAGUAACUGUAAAAGUUUCCUCAUCUUUGUAUUAAGUGUUUAUGUACUUUUAAACUUAUUAAAAAUGCUCAUAUAUUUUAUAUAAAGAAUUUUAAGUAGAUUUUAGCUUUGUUAAAAAUACAAUGUAAGAAAAGAAUGUUCACUUGCAGUAUUAUCAAAAUAUGUAAUAAUUAUAUGAACAUUGUUAGCAGAACCAGUAACUUUUUAUUGUUAACAUCAUGUGUUUAUUUUAUUGAUGAUUUUUGUCUUCCAUAUGGGUUUGUUAUAACUCUUAAAUCUUAUAGAUUUAGCUUGUUACAUACUGUAUUAAAUGUAUAUUGUUUUUAUAUUGUAUACUAUAAGAGGCUAUUCAUAUUUAUUUAUGUACAUAUACAUGUUAAAAGUAUAUCGGGGAGAACAAUAUUUAUUUUUCAAUGAUGAAAUAAUUUUUUAAACUCAUUUACUUCUUUAUACUUUGUAUUUAAUGUAUUAACUAUAUACCUGAAUAGCCAUUUAUAGAUCCUCAGUGUUCUGUAUAAAUAUUGAUGUGAUCCAUGUUGAAAUAAAUGUGUUUACAUAAAAAUAAGCAUUUUAUUGUAUUACCGAAACAUGUCCUUAUGAUACUCUAUAAAUUAUUAAAAACAUAUAUCUAUUGACACUGAAUCGAAGAAAAUAAUUUAAUAUACUGUAGCCUUAAAAAAAUAAAACUAAGCAAAGAAAGGAUUUCUUACAGGUUUACUUACAAA